UGUUACCAAAUCUAUUCUGUACACUAGCCUCGUGGUUGUGUUUCAUGAUGUCGUCAAGCAGACAACUGUUGUGGCUUCUACGUCUCUGCUUCUACGUGUACACUCUCACUAGAAGUAUUCGAUGUGAAACGAACAAUGCAGUUGCUGUAGACGUAACAGCUCCUGGGAUAUCACUGAGUGCAAACAAGAAAAACGCACACGAAUUAUUGGGAGACCAUUUGCUAUGGCUGUUUGAUACGAACACUAGCACAUGCGUCAUUCAACGCAGAAGAAUAAAUAUGGAAUAUCGCCAGCUAAACCUAGGGAUUCGCUUUGAACAAUGUUUACAACUUCAGUCCGUUACCAUUGUUGGAAAAGACGUAAAGUCGAACACAUCAGUGUCAUCAACAUCUGACGGAUGGAAAGUAGUUGCCAGAAACUUGUGUUCACCAGAAAAGAGAUCACAAAGGUGUGCGGCGAGUGGUCAGAAAUCUGGAGAAUUUUAUUAUAACUGUUCAACAGUUUCAGCCAGUCAGGUUACAGUUGAAGUAUCAGCUGGUUUUAACAUUUGUCAACUAGAUAUCUACGCCUUUCCAGACUCGCGUCCAGCUCCUACUGAUAUACACAGUUUGCAUAUAGAUAACCACGUGUCAAACGCGUGUCAACCACGUGUCGAGAAAAUGGCUCUACAGCCUACGUUGUUUGGAACUCCUCUUGCCAACGGACGUUUCUUUAGAGGGUUGGCCAAUCCUGAUAAAACGCUAGAUAUUAUGCAGUCAUUGAAGCGCUUUGGACUGCCACAGGACUUGCUUUUUCGUGGAAGCACAGCAGAAGUGGCUACAGAGACGAUUGUCAGCAGUUGGUUUACGAAGACUGUGAAGGAAAACACAGUUGUAGCAGAUGCUGGCUCUGAAAGUCCAAAUGAAGCACACCCUACUUGA